AUGCUGCCCGGGGGUCAGCGCGGCCUGGUUCUCGUCGUGGCAGUGGAGCGGCGGCGGGCGGGGAUGCCGAGCGAGAGCGUGUCUGGCGUUCCCCCCCCCACCGCGAGGAGGAGGCGGUUCUCGGGUCGGUGGCUUAUCUGUGUUAUCUGGGCUUGUCCUGGGGCGGGGAGGGAGGGAUUCGGUGACGUGAUGGAAGGGGAAGUGGUCUGUAGAAAGUGUCCGAGGGAAGUUUAGUCCGACCCUCGGCGAUGGGCCGCGCUUCGAAUAUGCAGGAAUCUCCGACAGGCGAAAGAGCAGGAGAUCGUCUCGCCCGGUUUCCCCCCAGGCGAGACGAGUCCGGGGUCGGGUCGGCGUCGCGUGUGGCUCGCCCCGCUGGCCCAUAAGUGCUUGGUGAGGCGCUUGUUCGUUGUCGCCGGCGGCCUCCAAGUCCGAGUGGUCCCAUGUCCACGUGAUUUCCUGUCCAGGUUGAGGCUUCUACCGCAUCGUCGGGAUCGGCUGGUAAGGAGAGGCGAGUUUCCUUGGGUCUCUGCCCCUUUCGUCCGAACUCGCGUCGUCGAAGUGAGUCGUGCUGUUGCUCCCUCUAUAGGCUGCAUCCCGCAGGAGCCCUCGUCUGGUGGAUCUGGCCCUCUCGUCGGCCGGAGCAAGAGGGAAAUGCCAUCGUGGCAGGGUCGCCUCGAGGUAGAAAUCGACCUGAUCUCCGCUGCACGAAAGCUCCUCCAGGCCGCUCGAAAGCUGAAGUCUUUCUUCGGGGACGAUGUCGAAUGGUCCUUCCUCUCCUUCCUCCCGUUCGCGGUUGCUCUCUAUGGGAAGGGUUCCUCGGUUGGCGGGUGA